AUGGAGGCUUUGGAAGCACAAGAAAAGCAGAAACCUACGUUUGAGCUAUCUGGGAAACUUGCCGCAGAAGCCAAUAGAUUCAAUGGUAUAACGCUGUUAUAUUCGGAGCCGGCCGAAGGACGACGGCCUCAUGUGAAGUGGCGGCUUUAUGUUUUCAGGGGUGGUGAAGAGGUUAACAUACCCGUUGAGAUAUACAGGAAGAGCUGUUAUCUUUUCGGGAGGGAAAGGAGGGUCGCGGACGUCCCUAUAGAUCACCCUUCCUGCAGCAAGCAACAUGCCGUUAUACAAUUUCGACAAGCAGAAGAGGAGGGAGCUGAUGGUACAUUGUUGAAGGAAGUAAAGCCUUACAUCGUGGAUCUUGGAAGCACAAAUAAGACUUUUGUUAAUGGUGUCGCAGUUGAACCUCAGCGAUAUUAUGAACUUGUGGAGAAAGAUACGAUCAGGUUUGGUAAUAGUAGCCGAGAGUAUGUGAUUCUGCACGAGAAUUCUGUAGAUUGA